AUGAAGCUAACAAGCAGUGAAGACCAAGCAUUGACUACAGAUGUUCCAACUUCUUAUCAUGGCAUAUCUGAAGAAAGAUCAGAAUUGCAUACUUCAAAGCCUUUGCAAGAUCUAAGUUUAUCUGGUUCUUCUGUUACUUCAGAACAGAAGGUGUUGCCAUCCAUUUCAGAGUCUCAAGCAGAGAAAGAAGAUAUUUCUUGUGGAGAUUCUCAACAAGGGAAAGGAAAUCUUUUGGAGAUGAAAAAGGAAGAGAGAAUUGUUACAUCUUCUUCUUCUUCUUCUUCAGAAAGCUUGCCAAAAGUUCAUGAUGAAAUGUUAGUUUAUAUGGAUGACAUUGAAGAGUUUCAGUCUUCAACUCCAAAUGAUGAAGAUUCUCAGGACCAAAGACUGUUCAAAUUCAAGGACAGUUCUCUUAAUGAAUCUGAUCAAUUGGGGAACAAAAAGGUAAAGUCAGGCUUAAGAGAUUCUGAAAGAAGUAUCAGUGUCUCUAGUAAGAAAAGAACAAGGAGAAGAUUGGUGUUUCAUGAAAAUCAAACCAUAGAGGAUAAUGAAUGCCUUAGUUACUAUGGUGAGCAACCAUCAAAUAACCAAAGAUCAUAUCAUCACCAGCAAAUAAAACAACACAAGAAAACUUCAGCUGAUUAUGAAGGUGAUAAUAGACCAAACCAAUUUUACAACUCAGAAAUGGGGUUUACUUCUUUGUCAAGAAACUGUAGAUGUUAUCCAAAAAGACCUGAAUGCUGCUGCUGCUGCUGCUGCAACCACAGAACUAGACAUAGUUGCAACAGCUUGGAAAGUCCAUGCUAUUUUUUCGCCGAUGAUGACAACGAUAUUUACGAAGCUCCAUCGUUCAGGAAGCCAAACAAUGUGUCCAGGAGUCAUUAUAAUAGCAGAGAGCAUAUGUUCACGAAUGGAGAAGAAGAACUGAAUGAAGAAGUGGAGAUUGAAGAAAGGCCUAAGGAUAUUUCCAAUGAAGACUUUCAAGGGUGUAAUACUUUCCCUAUUCAAACACCCAAGCAUGUUCAUCCAAAGCUGCCAGACUAUGAUGUUAUAGCUGCUAAAUUCAUGGCUCUCAAAAGAGAGAAGAGCUGCCAUUGA